GCAGCAUUUCACGUGAUUUUUUUUUUGAGAGUGUGCACAAAGAGCCGUCCACCGCCAACACGCUCGCCGGCGACAAACAACACGACGACCCUGAAGGGGAAACGCAUGCCUGCACUGCUGUGGGCACGAACAGCGGCCCCGAUUCAUUCAGCAUCACUGACAUGACGCCCGCGGAUGUUGCCACAGCCGCUCCUGAGCCCGGCGCAGACCCAGCAACUGCUCACCACAAUGGCAACGUGUUGGAUGGCGCUGGUGCCGCACCGGCUCAUUCGAGCACAACGCCUGGGAAAACAAAGGUUCCAUCGGAGCUUAACGCAGCGCCGGCCUUGGGCAGUGACCCUUUUGAUUUGGAGAGUGUCACCGCGUUGGUUUCCGUGGGUCUAAGGUGUGGCAACACCGUGCAUGGCUGUGCGUCUCGGGUGCUGUUGCUUCUGCUUGUGGGCCUGUGGGGCGCUGCGGCCCUCUGCUGA